AUGUGUGCCGAGCGGCUGGGCCAGUUCGUGACCCUGGCUUUGGUAUUGGCCACCUUUGACCCGGCGCGGGGAACCGACGCCACCAACCCGCCGGAGGGUCCCCAAGACAGGGGCUCCCAACAGAAAGGCCGCCUGUCCCUGCAGAACACAGCGGAAAUCCAACACUGUUUGGUCAACGCAGGCGAUGUGGGGUGUGGUGUGUUUGAAUGUUUCGAGAACAACUCUUGUGAGAUUCGAGGCUUACAUGGAAUUUGCAUGACUUUUCUGCACAACGCUGGAAAAUUUGAUGCCCAGGGCAAAUCAUUCAUCAAAGAUGCCUUGAAGUGUAAGGCCCACGCUCUGCGGCACAGAUUCGGCUGCAUAAGCCGGAAGUGCCCCGCCAUUAAGGAAAUGGUGUUCCAGUUACAACGGGAAUGCUACCUCAAACACGAUCUGUGUUCUGCCGCCCAGGAGAACACCCGGGUAAUGGCGGAGAUGAUUCACUUCAAGGACUUGCUGCUGCACGAACCAUACGUGGACCUGGUGAACCUGCUGCUGACCUGCGGGGAGGAGGUGAAGGAGGCCAUCACCCAUAGCGUCCAGGUGCAGUGUGAGCAGAACUGGGGAAGUCUGUGCUCCAUCUUGAGCUUCUGCACCUCAACCAUCCAGAGGCCCCCCACGGUGCCCCCUGAGCGCCAGCUCCAGGCGGACAGAGCCAAGCUCUCCAGGACCCAUCACGGGGAGGCAGGUCACCACCUCUCAGAGCCCAGUAGUCGGGAGACGGGCCGAGGUGCCAAGGGCGAGCGAGGUAGCAAAAGCCACCCAAACGCCCAUGCCCGGGGCCAAGUAGCUGGCCACGGGGGCCAGGGAACUUCUGGAAGCAGUGAGUGGGAAGAGGAACAGUCUGAGUAUUCCGAUAUCCGCAGGUGA